CUCAAACAUGCAAUCUCCUUCUAUUCUCUGCACCAGUUUUUGAAAAACAAAUUUAUUUUUAUUUUUGUCAUUCGGAUUUUGACUCUCUCUCUUUCUUUCUCUCACGUACCAAAGGUUUUCUCUUUUUCUCUCUUUUCCUUCGCAUAUAUUCUGCUUUUCCAAUUCCUUCUCUUCACACAACCGAAGAUUAGAAAAAAAAAAAAAAAAAAAAAAAAGAAAGAGAAACAUAAAAAGGAUCAUAAGAAAAAGCUACUGGAUUGUAUUUCUGUCUUUUUAUUUUUUCUUUAAGAUCUGUUACAGAGGAAAGGAUGAAGCGAGUAAAAGAUGAUUUAUAUUCUGGUUCGCAUUUUAAACGUCCAUUUGGUUCUUCAAGGCCUGAAUCCCAUGGGCAAAACCAAAUGCCGAGUGGAGGUGGGGGUGAAGGUGGAGGAGGUGGUGGUGGGGGUGAAGGUGGAGGGGGAGGAGGGGGAGGUGGAGGAAUGGGAGGGGCAGGUGUAGGAGGAGGUAUAUCACAGAAACUGACUACCAAUGAUGCCUUAACAUAUCUAAAGGAAGUGAGGGAGAUGUUUCAGGAUCAAAAAGAGAAGUAUGACAUGUUCCUUGAAGUCAUGAAGGAUUUCAAGGCUCAAAGGACUGACACAGCCGGUGUCAUUGCCCGAGUUAAAGAAUUAUUCAAAGGGCAUAACAACUUGAUUUAUGGAUUUAAUACCUUCCUGCCAAAGGGUUAUGAAAUAACCCUUGAUGAAGAUGAGGCUCCAGCAAAAAAGACAGUUCAAUUUGAAGAAGCGAUCAGUUUUGUAAAUAAAAUAAAGAAACGUUUUCAAAAUGAUGAGCGUGUUUAUAAAUCAUUCCUUGAUAUCUUGAAUAUGUACCGGAAGGAGCACAAGGACAUAAAUGAGGUCUAUUGUGAGGUUGCUUCUCUUUUUGAGGACCACCCAGAUCUGCUUGAGGAGUUCAAAAGAUUUUUACCAGAUCCUUCAGCAGCACCUUUGACGCAACAAGUUCCGUAUGGUCAAAAUUCAGCUCAGCGCUAUAAUGAGAGAAGCUCUGCUACAGCCACCUUGCGGCAGAUACAAAUGGACAAGCGUCGAAGGGAUAGGAUUAUUACCUCCCAUGCUGAUCAUGGUAUCAGUGUUGAUCAUCCUGAACUGGAUGAUGACAAAACUAUGAUGAAAAUGCAGAAGGAGCAGAGAAAGCGUUUGGAAAAGGAAAAUAGGGAUAGGAGAACUCGUGAUCUGGAUGAUCCCAAGCAUGACAACAAUAGGGAUUUUAAUUUGCAGCGUAUUCAUGAUAAAAAGAGAUAUGGAAGGAAGAUGGAAGGAUUUGCCUCUUAUGAUGAUAGAGAUACUUUUAAAAGCAUGUGCAACCAGGGGUUCAUAUUCUGUGAGAGAGUUAAGGAGAGGCUAUGCAGCUCAGAUGACUAUCAGGCAUUCUUAAAGUGUCUUAACAUUUACAGCAAUGGAAUAAUCAAAAGAAAUGAUUUGCAAAAUUUGGUGACCGAUUUACUUGGCAAGCAUCCAGAUCUUAUGAAUGAGUUCAAUCAGUUCUUGGAGCGUUGUGAGAAUACUGAUGGGCUUCUUGCUGGUGUUAUCAGUAAAAAGUCACUUAGUGGUGAUGGGCAUGCAUCCAGGCCAUGGAAGUUAGAGGAAAAAGAUAGAGAGCAAAAACGUGAAUUGGAGGGAGCUAAGGAAAGGGAGAGAUGCAGGGAGAAGUAUAUGGCAAAGUCCAUACAGGAGCUUGACCUUUCUACCUGCCAACGUUGUACCCCAAGCUAUCGGCUUCUACCUGACGAUUAUCCAAUACCUUCAGCUAGUCAGAGAUCAGAGCUUGGUGCUCAAGUGCUGAAUGAUUAUUGGGUAUCUGUGACGUCUGGAAGUGAGGAUUAUUCUUUUAAGCACAUGCGCAGAAAUCAGUAUGAAGAGAGUUUGUUCAGAUGUGAGGAUGAUAGAUUUGAGCUGGAUAUGUUGUUAGAAUCUGUGAGCUCAACUGCCAAGCGUGCUGAGGACUUGCUGAAUGGCAUUAAUGAAAAUAAAAUCAAUGUGGAUUCUCCGGUUCGCGUAGAAGACCACUUUACUGUUCUAAAUUUAAGGUGCAUUGAGCGUUUAUACGGUGACCAUGGUCUUGAUGUAAUGGAAAUAUUACGUAAAAAUCCUGCUCUUGCAUUACCUGUCAUUUUAACUCGUCUGAAGCAGAAGCAAGAAGAGUGGACAAAGUGCCGUUUAGAUUUUAACAAGGUUUGGGCUGAAAUUUAUUUGAAAAACCAUUACAAAUCACUUGAUCAUCGCAGCUUCUAUUUCAAGCAGCAGGAUUCAAAGAACCUGAGUGCAAAAUCUUUAGUGGCUGAAAUCAAGGAGUUGAAAGAGAAGAACCAGAAUGAGGAUGAUGUUCUCAUGGCGAGCAUUGCUGGUCACAGACAACCCCUGGCUCCACACCUCGAAUAUGACUAUUUGGAUGUUGGCAUCCAUGAAGACCUUUAUAAACUUAUAGAGUAUUCAUGUGAAGAGAUGUGCUCAACCAAAGAACUGUUGGAUAAAGUCAUGAGGCUCUGGACCACAUUCUUGGAGCCAAUGUUGAGUGUUCCUCCUCGACCUAAUGGCAAAGAGGGUACUGAUGAUGAUGGUAAAGCUCAGAAUCCUACUGUAAACUGCACUGGGUCAAGCAUUGCUGAAUGUGAUGGAAGUCCUGGAGCUGAUGCUAAUGUUAAUUCUGAGCCACAGAAGGGUGCUAGUGACGGAGAUGAGAACAGUUCACCAGAGCUACCUAAUUCUUGCAGAAAUGGUUUGACAAAUGGUGGAACUUUAGCCGAAGAAGAACCAUCUGGUCGUGUCUAUAGGGAUGACUCAAAGCUAGAGAAAGAGAUCAAAUGUACAGCUGAUAAAAGGUCUGGAGUUAACAUACUUGCAAUUGAAGCAGAAAAUAAUCAAAGCAGAAACAACACUGAAGGGGCUUCAGCAGCUUCUAGACCUACUAGCGUUGCUGCUGGUAAGGGUCAUGAAUCUGAAGUUAAUGUUGAUCUUCUACAUUCAUCAGAGGGUGCUCGUGUAACAAAGCAUGCUUUAUUAGUAAAUGGAGAGCCAACAGAUGGCUUUUCUGCUAGUAGAUAUCACGAAGAAUCUACUGGUCCAUCCAAAAUUGAAAAAGAAGAAGGUGAAUUAUCACCAAGUGGUGAUUUUCAGGAUUAUUCUAUUGCCUACAGUGAUGCUGGUCUAAAGGCUGUGCCAAAGGCCAAGCAUGGUAUUGAAAACAGACAGUACUGGUCUGGAACUGCGAAAGAGUUGCAUCCUGGAGAUGCUGGGGGAGAAAAUGAUGCAGAUGCUGAUGAUGAGGAUAGUGGAAAUGCCUCUGAAGCUGGUGACAAUGCAUCAGGCAAUGAAUCUGCAGGUGAUGAAUGCUCUCGUGAAGAGCAUGAAGAAGAGGAAGAGAUGGGCCGCGAUGAAGUUGAUGGCAAAGCUGAGAGUGAAGGUGAGGCUGAAGGGAUGACUGAUGCACAUGUGGGAGGAGAUGGCAUGUCGUCAUUUUCAGAGCAUUUUCUUUUUACGGUGAAGCCUCUUGCAAAGCAUGUACCUGCAGUUUUACCUGAAGAAGAUCGAAACAGUUCUUGUGUUUUCUACGCAAAUGAUGAUUUCUAUGUUCUUUUCCGACUUCAUCGAAUCCUGUAUGAAAGAAUACUGUCAGCAAAAACAAAUUCAACAGCUGCUGAAAUAAAGUGUAAAAGUUCAAAAGAUGCUAGUUCUUCAGAUUUUUAUGCCAGAUUUACGAGUGCACUGUACCGUCUGCUUGAUGGAUCUGCUGACAAUGCGAAGUUUGAGGAUGAAUGUCGAGCUAUAAUAGGAAACCAGUCAUAUGAGUUAUUUACAUUGGACAAGUUAAUAUAUAAAUUGGUUAAGCAGCUUCAAGCUGUUGCGGCAGAUGAGAUGGAUAAUAAGCUUCUUCAAUUGUUUGAUUAUGAAAAAUCUCGGAAACAUAGGAAGACAAUGGAUUCAGUGUAUUAUGAGAAUGCACGUGUCCUCCUUCAAGAGGAUAAUAUAUACCGAUUGAAAUCUUCAUCUUCGCCAUCUCGGUUGUCUAUUCAGCUGAUGGACAAUGUCAUUGAAAAGCCUGAGGCAUUUGCUGUUGCAAUGGAACCUUAUUUUUCUGCUUCUUUGCACAACGAUUUUCUGUCAGUCUAUCCUGGAAAAAAUGAGCCACAUGGCAUUACGCUAAGGAGAAACAAGAAAAAGUAUGCAAGUCUAGAUGAAUUUGCUGCUACUUGCAUGGCCAUGGAAGGUGUUGAACUGGUUAAUGGUUUAGAGAAUAAGAUAGCUUGCAACUCAUACAAGAUCUCUUAUGUGUUGGACACCGAAGAUUUCUUCUUCCGUAGGAGAAGAAAGUCACCGCAAUGCAGAUCUUCAUACAAUAAUCAAGCAGGAGUACAACGGUUCCAUAAAUUUUUAUCUGCUUCGCAGUAAUUCAGUAUUCUUUCUCAGACCGGCAUAAAUGCAGCCCUUGCUUUAACCCAACCUUGAAAAGGCCUUCAAAACUGAAACAUGUUUCUUGAAUGUUCAUAGUUUGAUGCUAAUUGGUCAUACUAGUAGUGAAGGAUGAUGAAUGGUUAGGAAAUGUAAGCAUAUUUUGUAAAAGUUCAUAUCAGCCAUUAUUGUGUAGAUAGGGUUUUGCAUGAUAUUUUGUGGGGUAAAAAGGGAAGAAAAUGGAUUCUUUUUCAAUUGUUACUUGUUAACAAAGUUUCUCAUUGACGGGCCAA